AUGAUCAGUGAGCAACGUACCACUCUUUCAAUUUCUCAUUCAACAUUAGAAAAAGGCAGCACUGCUCGUUUUAUGAACACAAGAAAACAAGAAAACAAUAUAGUUCAUCGCACCAUGGGUUUUGAAAGUAGAGUAUCAGAGCAAGUGGCUACAGAAACUAACAAUCUUUUUGCUGAAGUGAAAAAAUGUCAUGACACAAUAACUGUGUUAAAUCAUGGCGUUCAAUCAUUAUCACAUGAUGCAGACAGAUUGAGUGCAGAGUCACUACAGCAGGAGAAGUUGAUCCAGUCAAGGUUUAGCGACGUAAAUCAACUUAAACUAUCCAUCAGUAAAAUGGAUAGUUAUUUGAAAGGUAUACCUCCAAAUCAAGAAAUGAUACAGCAACAACUGUUGAAUGUUAAACAAAAAGUUGAGGAAGUUGACUGCUCUUCCUACGAUGGUAUGUUAAUAUGGAGGAUUACAGAUAUCUCAGAUAGGAUGGCGGAUGCACAAAGCGAACGACAAACAUCAGUUUAUUCACCUGUAUUCUAUUCAUCGCCAACCGGAUAUAAAAUGAGAGUAUGCUUAUACCUUCAUGGAAAUGGCAAUGCCCGUGGAACACAUAUGUCACUGUCAUUCGUACUAAUGAGAGGCGAGUAUGAUUCUAUUGUCAAGUGGCCGUUUAAUCACAAGGUUACUUUUUGUGUGUUUGAUCAAUCUGGGCAAAGCCAGCAUGCUAUCAAUUCAUUUCAUCCUGAUACAAUAUCUAAUAGUUUCCAACGCCCACAAUCCGAAAUGAAUAUUGCCUUUGGUAUUUCGAGAUUCUUUCCUUUAUCGGUGAUUCAACAAGAGGACAACAGUUAUGUUCGUGAUAACACAAUGUUCCUAAAAGUAAUUGUAGAUUUUGCUGAAUUACCACAACUGGUAUUGCCGUAUGCAUUGAGCAUGAAUCCCGGUCUGCCGUCUCACGUACAACAGUAUAUGAUCAGGCAAGAGAUCCAAAAACGUCAACAAGCAACAAUAAUGGGGGCAGUUGUUCCGCCACCGACGACAACCGCAUCUAACGGUUGA